AUGGCGUCGUUGGAGGAGGAGCGUAAUAGGAUCCUGAAUCUCGAGUCGGAGGAGGAUCGUAAGAUCCUGAUGAAGGUCAAGUCGGAGGAGGGAAAGAUCCUGAAGCUCAAGGAGUACGCGGCGGCGGCCCUGGCGGGACUGCUCCCUACCACGGUUCCCACGGUGAUGGCGGCCCAGCCAGCCGGGAAGAAGACGAGGAAGGAACCUCUGCUGGCCAUGCAUCCCAAGAGUUUCCAAUACAGCUACCGCCAAGAUAUUCGCAUCAGGAACACAAGGCUUGCCUACCUGGAUGCCCUCAUCUACCAGCAGGAAAAAUUUGGCUACGCGGUGGACGAAUCGGAGGCCGAGGUCACCGACGACGAAGGCGAAGACGACGACACCUAG